CCACAAGCCACUCCAUCGUGUUUGAAGACUCCUACAGCAAGCAAAGCCACGCAGAACAGGACACAGACACAACAAACACUACAGAGGAACCCAAGAAGAGACGGAGAGUGGGAAGCUAGCCAGCAGGCAACCAGAUGAAGGGAGAGAGACCCCGCACACUGAGUCUGAGCACCACCACGGCUGAUAAACUUAGGGAUGGGGUGCAGAAAGCGGUGAUGAAGCCUCAGUCUGUUCCUCGCACCUUCCUCUACAUCCAGCCCUCCAACAUCAUCAUCUCCCUGGAGGGCAAAGUGAAGGUGGGUGACUUCAGCCUGGUCACCACCAUCGCGGAGGAGGAGGAGCAGCAGGCUGCCUACACGCCUGCCACACACCUGCAGAGGUUCCCCGCUGAACACACGCAUACUCAUCGUGGUGGGAUUCGCCUCCACAUGAGUCCAGAGCAGGUGAGUGGGCAGGUGUACGACUACAAGGUGGACGUCUACUCACUGGGCCUGGUGUUCUUUGAGAUGCUGGUGCCCUUUGGGACGGGCAUGGAGCGCCUGGCCGUCAUGACGCGGCUCAAGGAGGAGCUGCUCUUCCCUCCAAAGUUUGAGGACAACUUCCCUGAUGAGGUGAGACAGAUGGGAGGAAUUGGUGAGGUGAAGCUGUUUUGUUUGUGUUUUUGAUGUAACUUUUUGAAAACAGCAACUUGU